AUGAAAAAAUCGACGAUGGACAACAUGCUCUCGCCUAACACAUCAUCAACAGGAAGCAUAAACAGCACUAGCUUGACGACUUCAUCUGCAGCAAUAACAACGGGCAGCAGUCUGACGACUCUUUCCGUGACAAAAAAUCAUCCGAUGUUGAAUGCGGAUCGCAAAAUUAGCGGGAAAUAUUUGAGCAGCAAUAUAAAUGGCGAUUUAGCAACCUCAACUCUGUUCGGUAAUGGUGACCGAAUUGAAUACUAUGCUCGGCCUGCUCGGAAAAGCAGCGAUUAUGCAACGUUCCCAUCAACAUCCGGGGAUUGGGGACGUGCAACUCUCGUCCGAAAUGGAGCAAUAAAGCGGUCCGGUGAACGGGUAUUUAGCAGCAGCAGGAGCAUAAAGAGGCGAUUAUCGGAGCGUGCUGAGUACGAAGCGCGUUAUCCGUUAAUUGAUAUGCGAAAACUCAGAACGACAUGGGUGGGGAGCAGUUUGCUGCGCAGUGGCCGAAAUUCCGGUGUCGGCCUUUAUAACGGUGGAAACACGUGCUUUAUGAAUGCAACGUUCCAGAUAAUUGUGCAUACCCCCACGUUGGGCCGAUUUUUUGCUGAAGAGCAUCCAACUUGUGUGCAAGCCUGUCUGUUAUGUGAACUGGGAAGACAUGUGAGACGUGCAAUCACCUCUACGGGACCGUUUACUGCGGAUUGGAUCAAACCGUAUCUACGCGGUAAUCAUUUGUACAUUGACAGAAGUGUGCAAGCCUGUCUGUUAUGUGAACUGGGAAGACAUGUGAGACGUGCAAUCACCUCAACGGGACCGUUUACUGCGGAUUGGAUCAAACCGUAUCUACGCGGUAUAUUUCCGGCUCACAUAUAUGGGAAUCAAGAAGAUGCACAUGAAUUUUGGACGCUUCUGCUCGCAGCACUUGAUUCUGCUGCUUCAAACGGGAUGAAAAACAGCGGAUAUAAUGGGUCCCCGAAAAAGAACGGGGAGCCACGACUAACAACGCGAUUGGAGCAAAUGUUCUAUGGCAAACUGCGUCAUGAAAAUCGGUGUCAAAGCUGCGCCGGUUUUUCAGUUAGCCACGAACAGUUGCAGGAAUUGAACCUCGCUGUACAGAUCGACAAUCAUCAAGGAUCAAUUGGUCUUGAUGAUUUAUUAAGGGCACAUUUUGGCAACGAAGUGGUGAAUCUCGACUGCGCAGUGUAA